ACAAUGACAAAGCUAUUCAUUGGACAGAUACCAAAGUCAUUCACCGAGGAUGACUUGAGAGAAAUGUUUAGUGAGUUUCAGGACAGCAUUCAAGAGAUCUCUGUCAUAAAGAAUAGACAGACUGGUGAGGCACAGGGUUGUGCAUUCAUCACACUGUCCAGUCAGGACGAUGCAGAGAGGGCAAUUGAAACAUUGCACAACAAUAAGAAGUUCCCAGGCGUAUCAAACAGUCUUCAAGUCAAGUAUGCUGAUAGUGAACAAGAGAAACAAUCGACAAAACUAUUCGUUGGUAUGCUACCUAGGUCAUACACUGAGGAGGAGACAAGAGCAUUGUUUGCAGAUUAUGGUGAUGUCGAUGAUAUAUGUCUGUUGAGAGCUCCAAACAAUGAGAGUAAAGGAUGUGGAUUCGUCAAGUUCAAGAAUAGGGAGAGUUGUUUGAAUGCCAUUGCUGGUCUACAUGGAAUCAGUAUACCUCCAAGCCCAAACAACCUUGUUGUAAAGUUUGCAGACACAGAGAAGGAUAAGAAGAAGAAACAAAAGAUUCAACAGUUCCAGAAUGUACGUGGUGGAAACUCUCCAGGGCAGAUGCAACAACAACAACAACAGCAACAGCAACCGCCACAACAGCAGCCUCCAAUGCCAAAGAUGACACCCCAACCCAACUACAUGGUCAAUCCCUACAACAUCAAUCCUACAAUGCCAAACCUUUCCAGUUACAUGCCAGGUAGGUUAAACAACUUGACACAAGUAGUUAUGGAGGCACCUACACCUUCAUUGCUAGGCACGCCUCCAAUCAUUGGCGAUGGUAUCUAUGACAUGUACCCUCAGACCUAUGACCCCAUGGCCGGUGGAAUGGGUAUGGGUAUGGGCAUGGGCAUGGGCAUGGGUAUGCCAAUGGGUAUGGGCAUGGGCAUGGGCAUGGGCGGCAUGGGCAUGGGAAUGAACGGCAUGGGCAUGGGUGGAAUGGGAGGCAUGGGCGGCAUGAUGAACUAUGGAGGCAACAUGAAGCAAGGUGUCGUCGGCAGUGCCAACAUGGGCAACAAUGGCAUGGGUGGCUACCAACCCUACAACGGUCGUCCCAACAACCAGAUGGGCAAUGGCAGCAACAACUAUGGAGGCAACAUGGGAGGAGGAAGCGACGGUGCAAUCAACAAUGGCGGUGGCGGUGGUGGUGGAGGUGGCUCUGGCAACCAACAGAGUGGUCCAGCCGGCUCCAACCUUUUUGUCUACAACAUUCCAAACUUCUACGGUGACUCUGACAUGUUCAGUCUCUUCCAACCAUUUGGACAGGUAGUAAGUGCCAAGGUCUUCAUUGACAAGAACACAGGUCUAAGCAAAGGAUUCGGAUUCGUAAGCUUUGAUAAUGCAGGAUCAGCACAAGCAGCAAUCUCCAACCUCAAUGGAUCGAUGAUCAAUGGAAAGCAGUUGAAGGUUUCGCUCAAGAACAACACCCAUGGAUCGAACCCAUACUGA